CCUACUUGUGCCGCUACUUCGCCCGGUGUACACAGUAUAAACCGCACACAACUCCACUUGCCACUUAGUUUAUUCUACUCGUUCUACUGCUGAUGAUUGCAGCACGAUUUGAGAGAGUCUUGUUUGCACAGAUUCAGAAUAGAGAUCGUAGUGGGCUGCGUCUCCUGCACUCGGUUGCCGCGCGUGUUUUCAUUCAUUCGCGUGCGAGUUCAAAGACUCGCAUAAAAACAGUUCUUUUUCUACCGUCGAAUUGUUCUUGAUUUGUCGCGUGUUGGUUUUUAUUUUUUUUUUUCGAAGAAGAACGGGACAAAGUCGCGGAUAAAUGUUCUUGAGCUGUCUGGACGUUUCAACUUGAAAAAUGAAAUUUAUUGGUAUUGUUUUGGGCGCUUCGUUACUGAUUAGUCAGCAUCUCUAUGUCGCUGGUACAUUGUUAGGAGAUGAGUGCAACAGUGAUUGGGAAUGUAAGGAAAAUAUACCUGGAUCCAUGUGCAACAGAGGACGGUGUUCCUGUCAAUCAUUUUUCGCUAGAGUAAAUCAAACAACAUGUAUACAAUCAACCCUGUUGGGUUACGACUGUGUUGUACCAGAACAAUGUUCAAUGAAGGUAUCCAACAGCAGUUGUAUCAAUGGUUCCUGUCGCUGCGUUGAUGGUUUCCUGCAGUUCCGGAAGCAUACCUGUCUUGGACCUGCAAGACCAGGUAACGUGUGUUACAGCAAUGCUCACUGUCGUCUCUGGACAGUAGACAGUCACUGUGACUUCUUGAUACCAAAUCUGUUCGGAAGAUGUCAGUGUAAUUCACCACUUAAGCAGAUAGGCGAUUCCUGCGUGAGAGAAGCUUUUAAGCUCUCAACCUCAACCACUUCAACAACAACAACAGUUGCCCCUACAACCCCUCAAGUUCCUUCAAGUACAGAGCUAGAUAUAAGCGAUAACUUGAUCAACAAAAACUUAGGCACAGAACCUCCAAAAGAAGAUGAAAUUGUGACCCAAAUGCCACCAAUAACGACGCAAUUUGUUUCUUCAUCAACGCCAGCAAGUUCCACAGUCGAUGAAAAAACCUCACAGCCAAUCGAUACCACCACAAGAUUAUCAACGAUGAGAACAACAUCGCUUGAACCUACGGCUUCUCCAAUAUUGGAUGCUGUUUCUUCAUCCACUCCAAUGAUUUCGCUCACGACUGGAAUCAGAAAUAGGUUAGACGAUGGUGAAGGCGUGAGUCUUGGAUUACCCUGCGUUACGGAUUUGCAAUGUCGAGCUACUGAUCCAUUUUCAAAAUGCGUGAAUGGAGUUUGCGACUGCAUUCUCAGGUAUAACAGAACGUCAUCAUGUUCUGCAAGGAAUACGAGGUGUCUGCCAGGUACUUUCCAGUGUAAAAGCAGUGGAACAUGCAUAAGCUGGUUCUUCGUCUGUGAUGGAAGAAAAGAUUGCAUCGAUGGUUCAGAUGAAGACUGCUUUUCCGGACAAUGUCCUGCCCAAAGUUUCCUUUGCAAGUCAUCUGGCCGAUGCGUUUCCAAGGCUACACGAUGCGAUGGUGUUAAAGAUUGCCCUGAAGGUGAAGACGAAGCUGAUUGCCAAGCUUCUGGAAAGAAAGGUUGUCCACCAGAUACCUUCCAAUGUGCUGAUGGAAAAUGUCUGCCUGAAUAUGAGUUCUGCAAUGCCAUCAUAAGCUGUAGUGAUGGAAGCGAUGAACCAGCUCACAUCUGUCGAGGAAGAGCUAGAAGGAGGUUAUCAGAGUAUUGUCCUUUGAGGUGUGGUAAUGGUAGAUGCAGAUCGAGUGCGGUAGCUUGUUCUGGAAGAGAUGGUUGUGGUGAUGGAACUGAUGAACGUAGAUGUUCAGUGUGUAGAUGUCCAAUUGUUAAAGGAAGGAGUUUAUAGUUCGAGAAGGAUCGAUAUCAAUCGACAAUGAAUGCCAAACUUUGUGUAUAUCAUUUUCUUCAGUACCUAUGUGAUUUUUAGUAUUUUAUAGUUGAUAAUUUAAGAUUCUGUAAUGCUCAAGAAUAUUCUAUUGUAUUUUAUAUUUAUAUUUUAUAUUUAUAUUCGAUCUGAAGUAGAUUAGUCAAUAAAACAUUCCAUUCGAAAUUCCAU